AUGCAAUAUAUUUAGAGUAAAUUGCCUUUGAUCAUUUUGUGUAAAUAUUUAUUUAUAUGAAGUAAUAAAAAGCUUAGAUAUCUUUGGAUAAUCCAUAACAUUAAAUAUUAACAAACAAAAAGCAUAUAAAACAGUUUUUGGUGGUAUUUCAUCAAUAUGUCUAAUCUUUAUUUUGAUUACAAUAUUUCAAUCCAAUAUUGUAGACUUUUUCAAAAAAUCAGAUGUUGUAUUCUAUACAAAAACUGAAUUUGAUCCUAAUCCUGAUUAAAUUAAAUUGAAUAUCUAAAAUUAUAUGGUAGCAUUUUCGAUUGAAUAAUUGAAUUUUGUCACCAAUCCUAUGUUUAAUAUUACAAUUGAAUAAAGGUAAUAAAUUAUAUAUUAAAUAAGACAUUAUUCUAGAGACUAAUUUGGCAAUUAAAUUAAAAAUAUUCAAUAUUUAUAAUUAGAACCAUGCACUUUAGAUCAUUUUGAAUUUCUUUUAUCUUAGCCUGAUUCUGAUUUUGAAUCACAAUACAAAUAACUUGAAUUAAAUAAUUGGCUUUGCCCAUAGUAAAUUAAUAUAUAUAUCUUUUUAAGGAAGGACUUUUAAUUCAAUUUAGAAGGAACAUUUACAAGCACAUUAUUUUAAUUUCUAAGAGUUGUUGUAAGUGAUUGUGAUGAUUCCAAAAAUGGGUAUAUGAAUUGGAAACCUAAAUGUGCAACAUAAUAAUAAAAAUAGGAUCAUUUAAAUGACUAAGGAUAAUUUAAAUUGUAGAUCUAUUAAGUUAAUUCUGUUGUUAAUCCUAAAUCUCCUGAACAAUAUUAUUAACCCUAUCUUGAUGGAGAAAUGUAUUUUACAUUCGUUCCUUAUAAAUUAUCAAGAUAAACAAAUCUAUAUUAUAGAAAAUAUUAAUUUGAAAAUGAUGAUUCAUUAAUGCCAUUUUUUAAGUAAUUUAAAAUAUAGAUAGUUAUUUAGGUCUAUAAAUGAUAAAGAAUUAAUUGUCAGAUAAAGUGUAGAUUAUAGAGACUUAACAGAAAUUGGUAGAGAUACAGAUCGAAAUUAUGCUAUAGUUUAUCUGAGAAGAAGUUAAUUCUCAGAAUAUAUUAAUAGAAGAUUUAUGAAAAUUGAUGAAUUAUUGGCAUUUUUAGGUGGAUUCUUAUAAAUAAUGAUUACUGGUUUUGGAGUAUUUAUAAUGUAUUAUAAUAAAUUGUAAUGUAAAUCAUUAUUUAUAAUAAUAUUUUUAGUGUAAAUAGAAUUAUCUAAUAAAUUGUAUAAUUUUUCUAAGAAAUUUAAUAAAACUGCCUCCUUUAAAAAAUCAAUGAAAUAAACUGUUAAUGCAUCUAUAUAAAAUGAAUCCAAGAUUCCUAUUAAAGAAGUUUAAGAAGUAAAAAAUCAUAAUACAUUGAUGAAUGAAAAGGAGGAAAUAUCCAUUACUUAAUCAAUAUUAAAUCUAUUUGAAAAAUCUACUAAAUUAAAAUUAACCCCAAAAUCUUUAAUUAAUUAUUUAUCCUUUGGAUACUUAUUUAAUGAUUAAGAAACAAAGAUUUUUAAUAAAGCAAUGUAAAUUUUUAUUUUUAUUUUAUUUAGGGUAAGGGUUGACUAAAGUUUAGAUAUUUAAGAAAUAUUAUAUUAGUUACAAGAAAUAAAUAAAUUAAAAACAUUAAUGCUAAAAAAACAAUAAAUUAUACUAUUUAAUUUUACAUAAAAACCAAAUUUGACUUUGGAAGAUGAAGAAUAACUUCCUAGUAGAAUGUUAAUUGAAUAGCAUUUAAUAGAAGAUGAUAAAGAAGAAUUCAAUAAAGAAUUAGUCAUAAAAGAUCUUUAUAUUGUAAAUAUUAUAUAUUAUUAAUCAAGGCUUGGCAAGAAAUAAAAUCUAAUUAAAGUUAAAAUAUUUGCUAAUAAGAAUUAAACAAUAAACUUAAUCAAGAAUUAGGUAAUGAAAUUUAAAAAGUGUUUGAUGAUUAUGUAAAGGCAUAAAGUGAUCAUACUAUUAAAAAAAUAGAAGAACAACAACUACUAUUACCUUAAGUAGAAUGAA